AGACAGUUCAGAUUUUAACAAUUUGAUAAAUGUCAAUUGAAAAUAUUCAAAUGUAUCCUGUAAAAGUGUUAUUUGAAGAAAGUUUGCUUUUUAAAACAAUAUAAAACUUAUAUUAAUGAAUAUUGAUCGACUAGUAAAUCUGGAAAACGAGAUCAAAGGUCAAAGUUGAAAAUGGCUGCUCCUGUGAAGAAAACCGUGGAGUUGUUCUACGAUGUCGUUUCUCCAUAUUCCUGGAUAGCCUUUGAGGUGCUGACCAGGUAUCAGAACAAAUGGAACAUAGACCUAAAACUGAAACCAUUCUUCCUUGGAGGGAUAAUGCAGGGAUCAGGUAACAAGCCCCCAGCAAUGGUACCUAACAAGGGAGCCUAUAUGCUACAUGAUAUAGAGAGACUCAAACAGUAUUACAAUGUCCCCAUGAAUCAACCAUCAGAUUUUGCUGAGGUGGCUUUUAAAAAAGGUUCUAUAAAUGCCCAGAGGUUUCUUACAGCUGUAAGCAUGUCAAAUCCUGAUAUGGUGGAGCCAGUCACAAGAGAACUUUGGAUGAGAGUGUGGAACAAGGAUGAAGACAUCUACCUGCCAGAAAGUUUUAUUCAGGCUGGUGUAAAGGCAGGACUCAGUAUGGAAAAUGCAAAAGCAGCAGUUGCAAAAAUUAAAGAUUCUGAAGUAAAAGACAAAGUUAAAGAGCGUACACAAGAAGCAUUAGACAAAGGAGCUUUUGGUUCCCCCAUAAUUAUAGCCCAUGUAGAUGGGAAGGAACACCUAAUUUUUGGAUCAGAUAGAUUCCCCAUUUUGGCGAUGAUUCUAGGUGAAAAGUGGGAGGGGCCUUUAGUUGAAUUUUCCAAAUGCAAACUGUGAUAUCAGUGAUAAUGAUUGGAGAACUGCAGAGUGAUAGAUAUAGGCAAACUGGAGGGACUGUUGUCAGUCAAGAAGUGUGGACUUCCUAAUGCAAUCAACUAACU